GGCACAGCUGCACGGCUGUUCGCGCGCUUUUCUUAUUCUUAUUCUUUAAACAGCGCGAAAAACCUCUUGUGGCAGUUGCAAAAAGUGGAAAGUGAAUAGUAUCACAGCAAGCAGAUCGAGUGCAUCCCAACGCUGAGCAUGGACAUCGAUUUCGGCGCAGAGGCGGGGCGCUCCUACCACACGGUGCAGCUCUCCGCCAAAGAAGUGCUCGCCGCUGGCCGCCGUCAGCAUUAUUGCAACAUGAUCGACCUGCUGACCAGCAGCUGCAAGAGCUCCGGACUGACGUCCACUUCAUUCACCGACGACGAGCUGGUGGAGUUCUGGCUGGGCGACAUCCUGCCGCUGAUGUUCGAUGAAGAGCGCAAGAUACAGGAUCGCGCCAUUGGCGCACUGGCAGAGGCGCUGGUGGCCCUGGACGUGGCCGCCAUCCACUCGGCCAGGUGCUGGCCCAGCAUCCGCAGCGAAUUCGUGAACAAGUAUGCCAACCUCAUUGGCGAGAUGCGCGACGCCAAGAAUUCCAACUGGCACAAGAUCUGGACACUGUUGGUGCAGAUCAUGGACGAGGAGUUGCUGCGCGGUUGCGUGUACAUCAACAAAUUCCUGGCCGUUGUGGAGCUGGGCUUCCGUAACCCGGACAACGGCGUCCGCUCGGAGGCCUUUCUCUGCUGGCGUGUGCUCAUCAAGAUCUUCGCCGCCUACGACGAGUUGGCCUCUGGCAAGAGGCUCCGCCUGCUGCUCAUCCCCUUGAGGACCUCGCAGUCGCGUUCCUCUCACGUUAGCGGCAUCAAGCUGCGCGUCUGGUGGUACCUGCUCACGUGCCUGGACAAGGAGCUGCCCAAGUCCUUCGAGGGCGCCGUGGAGCACUUUCUGUGCUUCACUUUCGGCGGCGGAACGCGUAACCUGCCCACGGGUCUGGCUCACAACUACCAAACGGCCAGGGAAUUGGCCCUGCCCUGCCUAGUGGCCCUUUGGGGCGUGGAGCACAAUGAGGCGCUGCAGCGUUUGUUUAGGGAGCUGCGUCUGGAGACGCUCGCCCUGCCGUCGGCUCUGAUGAGCGCCGAGUCGUUGCAGCAAAACUGGCGGCCCCUUCUCCAAGCCGCUGUCUCGGGGCUGAAGCUGCUCACCCAAAAUGAUGCCACCGAGGCGGAGCAGCUUCUGCUGCAGUUGCUCGUGCGGAAUCUCUUCCUGGCCAUGUUCCGCUUGGCCGUGGCGCCUUUUAAUGUGGCCUGCUGUGGCGAGAUCGAGAAGAUACUCCUCGCCGAAGAUGCCUCGGGCGGUCGAGUGGCGCGUGCCCUCUUCAACAACAUUGCCGGCGAGGGUCUUGCCAUGGAGCGUGUCUCUGGAAGCGAUCAACUAGAUGUUUUGGAGGCCUUCUUGAAGCUGAUUCUAAAGUCCAGGAAAGAAGUGCCAGCGGCCAUCCUGCAGCGCAGCAUCGCCUGCAUCUUCGCCCCCGAUCGCCUUGAGGCGGGCAACCAGAACGAGUUCCGGCUGCUGGGCUCCUUUGCCGAGCACUUGAUGCAGGCCAACGAGGAGGAGGAUUUCGAGGGCUUCGCCGUCAAGCUGCACGUGUGGAGGCAGGUGUCGCAGGCCUUGAGCAACUACCUGCGCAACAAUGCUCUGGAAUACCGCGUGGCGCACAAUGCUUCGCUGAUGGACACGUGGCUGCUGUGGCCUCUCCAGACCUUGGCUGCCUUUGCCGGUCGCCGGUCCAGCAACGUCUUCGAUGGCUCCUUCUGCGAGCAGUGGAAGCAACUACUGAAUGCGGGACACAACGCCCCGGAAAGGAGAAGAUUCGUGGGUGACCUAAAGGUCACCCUGACGGAACUGUUAAAGAGCAAGGAUGAGCCCCUUUUCGCUGAGCUCUUUGACGCCUAUGUGGCCGCCGUGCUGAAGCUGGGUCUUUGCAAGGAGACACCCCUGCAUAAGGAUGUCUUUGCCCUGCUGCAGACCGUCUUUGAGCAUCCGUCCUCCCAACAGAUGCUCGAGGCCUGCCUGAACACGCUGCGCAACCUGGUGCUGGAGCUGCGCCAGAACGAGCUCAUGGUGGUCUUUGAUUCCCUGAAGCCCACGCUGUCCGCAGGCAUUCAGUGCUGGGCCAAGCAGAAGUGCGAGGGCGGCUUCCUGGAGGAGUGGAAGCGGGCCAUCCAGGAGAAGUUCCGUAAGCUGCCCAUGAAGAGCAUGGCCAAUCAGGUGAGGGACAUCUUCAAGGGCGACGAUCUCUUUGUCAUCAUCCCCUCAGUGUGGAGCCUGAACCCCGAAAAGCUGACGGAUCGCCAGAAGGAGCGCUUUGCCGAGAAGUCGGACAUUCCGGCGUUGUACAAUGACAUGAGCCAGUCCCAGGACUCUGCCUCUCUCAAGCCCUGGACGCCCAAGAAGGUGGUCAUUGCCAAGAGUAAACAGGGUGAGCUGGCCUUGACCGGUGACAAUAAUGAGGCUGAAGUGGAGGUGAUCGAGAGCACACCCAGUGAUGAGUCAGAGAAAGAUCAAGGUAUCAAGGAACAAGCUGUGGCCACGCCCAUCCGCAAGAAAUCCGGCCGUAAGACGCGAGCCCAAAAGGAGGAAGAGGUCAAGGUCAAGGAGGAGCUGCCAAUUCGACAGACACGAAAGCGAGCGGUUCAGCAGGAAACGGAGCCGCCACCGCCGCCGCCUACACCUGAACGCCAGCUCAGAUCGCCCAAGAAACUGCCACCACCCCCGACCCCUCAGUCUCAGGCAGCAGCUGCCGGCAAGCAGACAAAGGCCUUGAAACCCACCCCUGUGCAGAGCGAAGAUCUCUUCCCGGAAGUGGAAACUGAACCCGAGCCAGAACCAGUUAAGAAACCGGCACCUGCUCCGGAGAUUCAGCUAACUCCACCGGAGGUAGUGCCCUUGGAGGCGGUGCCCUCGACCCAGUUGCCGGGAAGCAAUGCCGAAGCCGGGAAUGCUGUGCCAGCCGGGGAGACAUCCCCCAAGAAGACAAACCCAACGCGUCUGUGCAACUUAAACUCCCCACCGGAUCGCAAGCAGACCAACAACUCCUCGAGUCCCACGCUGCGGCCCAAACCGACCGGCCACCUGACAGGUCGCGGAGCCCAGCUAAUCAAUAUGAUUCGGAAUAAGAAACUAGACACUGCCGCCGGCUCGCCCUACGUCGCCAUGUCACGUGCAUCUCAGCACCAGGGAACACCGGCACGUGUCUUGGAUCGGGCCGAACAGGUGUCCACGCCCACCAGCGAGCUAAACGAGCUGACAGGCACCGACUACACUUCUACUCCAAUUCAGGCACCGCCGCCCAAGGAUCUGCUGGUAUUCUCCAAGAGAUUACCCUCGCCCUCGGCCAGUCCCUCGGUGAGCAUACUGAAGCGCAAGCUGCGCUGCGAGAGCCUGGACGAUAUGACCUUGGAUUCGCCUGCUUUGAAACGCAAGCGAGUGAGCUUCCAUGACCCACCCGUGUCCGUGACCAAGGAGUACCUAAGGGACACCGAUGAGCAGCGCAGCAGCCUCAAACCCAAGCGUUGCCUGAUGAUGGAGAAGGUGGCCCAGACCAGUGAGGCACGUCAGGCGCUGAGGAGACGAGGACGCCUGGACAGCAUCAUUGAGAUUGAGCGUUUUGCCAGCGAACAAACGGCCAGGACGGCGACGACGGACAAAAGUUUGGACAAGUCCUCGGGCGAAGCUGCCGAAGAGGAUGCCUUUACCAGCUUGAAGUGGAAUGACACAACGGUCACGCAUAACGCAAGUCACAAUGUAGAGCAGACCAAGCACAUGGAGAUAGAGCCAGAAGUUGAAACAGUUGGCCAGGAUCUAGCCGUUCUGGAUCCAGAGGCCGCCCUCGAUCUGGUGGUGGAGCAGAUGCCCCUGGAGACUGUUCUCCAGCGCUACUUUGACAAGGGUGAACUUAAGAACGCCGGCACCGUGGCCAAGUUCCUCUCUACGCAGAUGGCGGCCAACGACAAGCUGAAAACGAACGUGCUGGAGACGCUGUCGGAGAAUCACUCCAAGGACUUCCUGGACCAUGCCGUCCGCGAGAAUCUCUCGUCGGUGGUGUGCGACCGCCUCAACCUCAACUCGGUGCUGGACUAUGUCUGUGCCAAGUCCAAGAUCAGCCAGAGCUGCCGCAGUGGCCUGCUGGCCCAGGUGCCCGAGAUCCUCAAGAGCGGUCCCCGCUCUGAAGUCGAGCGCCUGACCUUUGUCCAGCAGCUCCUGCUGCAGUGCAGCCCCGGCGAUGACCAGCUGCUCGAUCUCAUUGACCUGCUGAUGCGCACUCGACGCGAGCGGAACAGCAGCUCCACAUCUCAGGCCAAGGCGGGUGGACUCGCAUCCAUGCUGGCCGGCGCCGACAACGUGGCCGAGACAGCGGCAGACUCCUCCUCCAACCUGUGAGUGGGUUGCAGAGCUGGAAGUUCAAACAGACGGCCAUGGUCCUUGUAAAGGAGGGGAAAUCAACUGUAUCUGCUUAGUAUUAGUUCGAUUUUAGUUUAAGUUAAGAUUUUAUGUAUGCCCGUUGGCGUAUUAUGUUUCGGCUGCAAAGAAUUGCAUUUUACAAUAAAUUUCAAUUAAUUAAGUA